UCAUCUCUCUCCCUCUCCUUGGCCCAGCCGCACCUUGAGCUUUCUUCUCAGGCGACGCUCUGCGACGCCGGCGAACCCCCCUCGCGUUUUCCCGGCGACCUCUUCUUAUCCGGCGACGAGCGGAUCUGGCGCAGAACGACCUCUCUUUCUCACGCCAGCGAGCGACCCACGGCAGUUUCAGGAGACACGCAAAUCGGAGAUGUACCUCCAAAAGGCAUUGUGGACCGACGGAUUGACGGUGAAGGCCUCCGCCGAAGAUGAUCAAUCGGCACCGGCAACGUCAACUGCCGUCGGGGAAUUGGUCAAUUCUCUGAACCGUCAGAGACUCUACCGCGAAGUUACCUUCUCCCUCCGCACAGGUCUAAGAGACGCGAGCGCCGAGUUUAGCUUUCUCCGAGUCCGUGGUCUUCGCAGCCUUCUCAAGUCCCUUCGCUCCAUCGCAGAGUCCGAUUCCACGAUUGAGCUCUUCUGCCAGACUCAGUCCGUACCGGAGCUUCAAGUGGUUCCAGUACUAUUUCAACAGUCAUUGAAAGAAUCAGAGGAUGACCCUGUGGUAAAUUUGGAUCAUAUUUUUGGAGUGGAACCUUUGAAGAUCGCUAGUCCUUCAACUGAUGCUGAAGUUGCCCUUGCACUGCGAGUUUUGGAAGGCUGUUGUCUCCUUCACAGAGAGAGCACUGCUUUAGCCCAUCGACACAAGGCAAUUCCGGUUUUGAUGAAUAUACUAUCCAUUCGUGGAGUACUUGAACAAGGUGCAUGCUUAGAUGCUUUAAUUUCAGUAAUGUUGGAUUCAUCAGCCAAUCAAAUGGAUUUUGAGGUCUGUAACGGUAUCGAGGAAGUUGCAGUGCUCAUAAGGGACAAACAAAUGGAUGAAAACCUCAGGUUGAAAUGUGGAGAGUUCCUACUGCUACUGAUAGGACAUGUAAAUGGGAGGGGACGGCCUCCUCUGGCAACCAUACAUGAAGACAUAAGGCAGCUUCUGGGAGAGAAAUCAGCCUCCUUGAUAUGGGCAGCCAGUCAAUUCGGCUCGACUCUUGAUCCGGAGCAGAGAUUAACCGCGCUGCACAUCCAAGCUCGUCGGGUGCUCGAGUCGCUGGACUUGUAUUGAAUCUAGCAAUGGGUAUGUUUUCUUUGGCACUCCUGCUGAUUUUGUUAUCUGGAAUGUGGCACAUGCAGGUCAUACAAUCUAGGCUUAUGAAACUUUUAAGAUUGGAAAGCUCGGUGGUUUACAAAACCCAUGUUUGGUUUGCGAGUCACUAUGAUUUGUAAAGAUAAAUAUGUAAUGAAAAAAAAGUAAGUUUUACCCGCUUGAAUUCAUAUUAAAUCAGUUAGUGUAGUUUGUAAAAUUAAAAUAAACUCUUGUUUUAGGAUAAACAAGAAGUUAUUAUACUAAAUAUAAGCUUUGUUAACUUCGAAUUA